AUUUCAUUGUAUUAUUCUUUAGAAACUUUUAACCAUUAACCCCAAUAUAAAUAUCAUCACAAAACCAUCCAUACAUAAUCCCUUACAUCAAAUUCCAGGUUAUGGAGAAGUUUAUGCUCUGUUUCGGCUUGGUUUUGCUCUGCCUGCAUCAUGUCGCAGAAUGCAAUAAGAAACGAGCCGUGCUUUACUCGGAGAUUAACUGUCGAAAGUACGUCUAUAAUUUGACCCAUUUUGGAGGGAUAGGAGACGGGAAAACAUCCAACACGAAUGCAUUUAAGGCGGCCAUUGAUUAUCUUACCAAACGUGCCUUGCAUGGUGGGGCCAUGCUUGUUGUCCCGAAAGGGAAAUGGCUAACGGGACCCUUUAAUCUCACUAGCUAUUUCACGUUGUACUUGGAUCAUGGUGCUGUUAUUCUAGCAUCUCAGAAACAAUCGGAUUUUCCGUUAAUCCCUCCAUUACCUUCGUACGGAAGAGGAAGAGAUGCUCCCGGACCUAGGUUUGCUAGUCUUAUAUCGGGAACAAAUCUUACGGAUGUCGUAAUUACAGGAGCGAAUGGAACUAUAGAUGGUCGAGGAAAACCCUGGUGGGAAAGUUUCAGGAAUAAAACUCUUAACAACACAAGACCAUACUUGAUUGAAAUCAUGUUUUCUAAUCAGAAACUUACCAUUCUUGCUUCUGUCGAUUCCCCAAACACGGACGGCAUCAAUCCAGACUCGUGUAAAAACACGCGCAUAUGGGACUCGUACAUCGUCUCAGGAGACGACUGCAUCGCAGUCAAGAGCGGGUGGGACGAAUACGGAAUCAAAUUCGGGAGGCCAACCGAGGGCCUCAGCAUCCAGAGGGUCACCUGCAAUUCUCCCUACUCGGCCGCCAUUGCCCUCGGCAGCGAGAUGUCGGGCGGAAUCAAAGACGUCCGAGCCAACUACAUCUACGCCUUCAACACCGAGUCGGCCGUGCGUAUAAAAACAUCCCCCGGGCGCGGAGGCUACGUGGAGCAGAUAUUUGUUCGGGACAUGUAUUUGAAAACGAUGAAGUACGUUUUGUGGAUGACUGACGCGUACGGUCAGCACGCGGACGAUAAAUACGACCCGAACGCGUUUCCUAUAGUGCAUAAUAUCAAUUUUAGGGAUAUUGUAGCGGAGAAUGUGACCAUGGUCGGGAGACUUUCCGGGAUUGCGAACCACUCGUUUACCGAUAUUUGCGUUUCUAACUUGGAUGCUUCGAUGGCCGAGACGAAGAAGAAGCCUUGGGCUUGUGAAUAUAUUAACGGUACUUCGAGCAAUGUGAGGCCCAAGGCAUGUCCUGAGUUGGCUGAGAGUACUCAUAAGACUAAUUGCCCUUUCCCCACAGAGAGUCUGCCGAUUGAGGAUGUCAAGUUGGAGAAUUGUGUGACUUAUGUUUGAGCUUCGUUUUUUGCUCGUGUUUUAAGAUUUUAAGUAUGGGAAAUGGUUUGUACUAUGGGUUUUAAUGAACUUAUACGAUGAAGUAUAUGUUAUACUUAUAGGUACUUGAAAUAAACACUAUUUGGGCUUCAAUUGAACUUUUAUAUGUACUUUUCUUUAUAGUAUUUGAAAUAAAGACCAUUGUAUGCAACUUUUUUUUUCUUUUAGUA